AUGGCAGCUUCCGAUGAAGUUCUUGGCUACCUAGCCAAGCAGAGCAACUUGGGUGGCGUCGUUGUACGAGGUAUGGACACCACUAUGGAUGCCUUCCAGAUCCUUGAUGCUUCCUUAGCUAACUCCACCCUCCUCCUACUAGACUUGCCCAAGCUUGAUCUUGGGCUGUAUCUUCAAAACUAUGUCGGCCGCACUCGCUUCGAUCGCCUGUUUCUAAUCGGUCAGAGCUCCGUGCCCCUGUGUGUCGAUGCCCUGAAAGCUGCUGUUGUCGAAGCCAAGGCAGGAAACGACGUCAACCGGUACCGCGAUGCGUGGGAUGCAGUGAGGACUGUGGCCCCAAAUGAACCGGAGGCCCAGAGAGACGAUGCGUGGAUUGAACGAACCGAGAUGGCGAACAAGGCCGAGACGGCAAGACUCGAGGGUGAGCUCAAAGGAUACAGAAACAACCUCAUUAAAGAGAGCAUCCGGAUGGGGAAUGAGGAUCUUGGUAAACAUUUCGAAAGCAUAGGAAAACUUAACGAAGCCACCGAGGCGUAUACCAGAAUGCGUCAGGACGUGAGCACCACCAAACAUAUCAUCGAUUGUGGCACGCAUCUCGCCAACGUCUCUCUCCACCGUCGGGAUUAUGCCAUGGUCUUGAAUAACAUCGGGAAGAUCACAGCCGUGCAGAACGGAGAUGAUGAAAAGGCACUACAGGCGUAUACGCGAAUUGCCUCUGGAAUUGCCCUCUUGGGCAUGGAGCGCUUCGAUGAUGCUGCAAAGGCCUUUUUAGGAACAGAUUCCAGCGUACCUUCAAGCGAAUAUGGCCACAUCGCCAGCCCAAACGACGUCGCCGUAUAUGGUGGUCUUCUGGCCCUUGCUAUCAUGGAUCGGAAAGAACUUCAGCAGCGAGUUUUGGACAACCAAUCAUUUCGAACAUUCCUCGAACACGAGCCGCAUAUUCGAAAAGCCAUCAGCUUAUUCGUGAAUGGUCGAUAUUCGAGCUGUCUCUCCAUAUUAGAGGGCUCCAGGGCGGAUUAUCUAUUGGAUAUUUAUCUGCAGAGUCACAUCCCAACCAUCUACUCAAAGAUUCGCACCAAGUGUAUUGUCCAAUACUUCGUUCCCUUUUCCUGCGUUACACUGGAAAGUCUUGAUGCAGCAUUCGCUCAGCCAGGCACAUCUAUUGGUCCCGAGCUUAUAGAAAUGAUCCGCCAAGAUGUAUUGAAAGCGCGAAUCGACGCAAAAAAUAAGCUUCUUGUUGCCGUUCGGCCCGACGCCCGAGCCGUAAUGCAAAAAGAGGCACUACGGGCGGCCCGAAAAUACGAGCGGGAAGCCAAAGAACGAUUGCGGCGUAUUAGUCUUGCAGCAGCUGGACUACAUGCAGCGGGCGGGAAGAAGACAACCUCAGGCGAUGCCAUUAGUUCGAGUUUGGAUGAGGCGUGGUAUGAGGAAGACAUACAAUCCUCCUUGCAAGGGGAGGGGCUGCAAACAGCAGGCUGA